AGUCGGUUGUCAAAGCUGUCUGACAUUUCGCUUACGCAAACUUUACAAAACAGCUCUUCGCGUAAUGAAAUUGUUGUGCCGGAGUUAAUUUUGGUCGUGUUUCGUUUAAUUCUGCGAUUAAAAUGUUUUCAAAAAGUGGUAUUUGCCAGCGGUUAUUGCCAGGACUACUGAGGCAAGCACAUAACCAACAAAUAGCCACCCUGAAGCACUUUGCGCCUCCCAUUGAGUACAAAAAUGUUGUCAUGCCGGAGCGACCUAAACUGCGGUUUAUGGACAAGGUACCCAUCUUGCCAACAAAUAUGAAGGCUCCCAAAUUGCAGAAGAAGCUCAAAUUUAUGAGAGGUCCGGAAACGGUCCACAAUACGCUGCUGUACAAGCAGUACGGAAUCAUAGCGACAGGAGGUGGCCGCUUGCGGUGGGGUCAUUUCGAAAUGAUGCGUUUGGGUAUCGGUCGGAAGAUGGAUGUCAAUCGUAUGUUUGCCAUCUGGCGCGUCGAUGCACCCUGGCAGCCGAUUACCAAAAAGGGCCAAGGUCAGCGAAUGGGCGGAGGUAAGUCCGCAAUCGAUCACUACGUAACUCCCAUCAAGAGUGGGCGCGUGAUUGUGGAGAUGGCCGGAAAGUGUGAAUUUGCCGAGGUUAAACCGAUUCUGGAAACAGUAUGCCACAAGCUGCCCUUCAAGGCAAUGGUGGUAUCGCAGGAAAUGAUGGAAGAAAUGCAGGCCGAAGAGGAACGACUGGAGCGGGAGAACACCAAUCCCUACACAUUUAAGUACAUUAUCCAGAAUAACUUGGGUGGAUGCCACAGAUGGUUGUCGCCGGUAGAUCACAAAUGGUUUGGAAAAUAUCUGUAAAUGUUUGAAGUAAAAUAGUUUAUCUCAGUGAAAAA